GGGCGGGGCCGCGGCGUCCGGUUGCCUGGAUACCGCAGCGCAACAGUGCGGGCGGUUGCUGGCAGGGGCGGUUGGCUGUGGUUCCGAGGCGCGCGUGGAGGAGCGGGUCAGGGGCCGGGCCCCGCGAAACCGGCCUCUCGGCCCGCCUACGCACACGCGAUCCCAGCUCGGACCGGACUCGGGACCUCGGCGCGGCUGGGACCUGCCCUACGCCCGCCCCCCGAGGUGCAGCCGCGCCCCCCGCGCCCCCCGCGCCCGCCGGGCGGCCGGGCGCGAUGCCGCUGCCCGACACCAUGUUCUGCGCGCAGCAGAUCCACAUCCCGCCGGAGCUGCCCGACAUCCUGAAGCAGUUCACCAAGGCGGCCAUCCGCACGCAGCCCGCCGACGUGCUGCAGUGGUCGGCGGGGUACUUCACCGCCUUGUCCAGAGGGGACCCGCUGCCUGUGAAGGAGAGGGCCGAGAUGCCCGUGGCCACGCAGAAGACGGACACGGGGCUCACGCAAGGGCUCCUCAAGAUCCUGCACAAGCAGUGUGGUCACCAGCAGUUUGUGAGCCUGGAGGAGCUGGAGCAGAGGUGGAGGACCCUGUGCCUGCCCGUGGAGCGCUUCAAGGCCAUCUUGGAGCUGGACCCCUGCGAGGAGAAGAUCGAGUGGGUCAAGUUCCUGGCACUGUGCUGCAGUUCGCUGAGUGGGACGCUGAGCUCGGCCAUGCAGAACGUGUGUGAGAUCCUGACCACGGACGCGGAGGGCGGCCCGGCCCGGAUCCCCUUCGAGCUCUUCUCGGGCAUCUACCAGUACCUGUGGCGGCUGGAGAGGCCAGGGCCCGAGUCGGACAUGCAGGCCUACCUCGCCUCGCUGCGGACCACCAUAGACUCAAAAAAGACGGGCAAUCUGAUAGGACCCGCGGACUUCUUCUACCCGACGAAAAAGCUUCAGGCUCCCUGAGGAGACGGCUCAGCCGUGAGGAAGGCGCUUCAGGGCCCAGCACCAAAUACAGCUUGUCACCAAGCAGGGGCCCGUGUCCUUUUCUCAGAGACGGGCGCGGGGCGGAG